AUGGCACAUUCCGCGUCUUCAAGUAGUGCACUAAGCUCCAGAGGUAGCUCGUCAACCAGCUCCACUGGGUUUAAGGUCUAUGGCAGUCUAUUCAAAGUGAGCUCCCGCUACCAGUUCCUCAACCCUCUUGGGAAAGGCUCGUACGGCGUCGUCUGCGCUGCAAAAGACCGCGAUACAGGACAAUGUGUAGCCAUUAAGAAGGUGACUCCUAUGGCAAAGCGUACAACCGACGCGAAGCACACACUCCGUGAAGUUUUACUAUUGCAGCAUCUCGGUAAACAUCCAAACGUUAUCUCUGUUCACAAUCUGUCGGCCAAUAUCAAGGACGAUGAGCUGUAUAUCGUCAUGGACCUCAUGGACACGGACAUGCAUCGGGUGAUCCAGAGCUCGCAGCCACUUUCCGAUGCUCAUGCCAAAUAUUUCCUUCACCAACUUUUACGUGGCGUCCAAUAUUUACACGAAAAUGGAGUGUUACAUCGCGACCUGAAGCCGGGAAAUCUGCUACUGAGCAAGACGUGUCAGUUGAAAAUCGCGGAUUUCGGUCUCGCCCGUAAGAUUCCUCGUGGUUUUAAUGCUGCUACUACAACUCUGGAGCGUCCUCGCUCUGCCCCUGCUGCUAGCUCUAAAGCGAAAGUACCGGAUCGAGCACCAAUGACAGAACACGUGGUGACGCGCUGGUAUCGAGCUCCAGAACUGAUGCUACAACCCGACGGAUUGUACGAUCAGAGCGUCGAUAUGUGGUCUGUCGGGUGUAUUUUCGCAGAGAUUCUCGGCCGUAAAGCUCUAUUUCCCGGCAAGAAUUUCCUGCACCAACUCACGCUCAUCUUCGAUGUGAUUGGAGCUCCAUCUUCCGAGGACACGAUGCAAAUCCAGAGCUCACAAGCGCAAAGAUUCUUGAAAUCUAUCAGUAAGAAACCCAAAAUUCCAUUCCGCACUCUCUUCCCGAAAGCUUCCGAGGCAGCGGUGGAUUUACUGGAUCGAUUAUUGGAGUUCGAUCCGACUACAAGAAUAUCUGCGCAAGAGGCACUGGCUCAUCCGUAUAUGCAAGAUAUCGAGCGCAAGUAUCGGAAUCGUGGAGGAUCAGACCCUCCGCCUUGUAUGCGGGCCGAUUUCUCGUUCGAUUUGAAAAAAUUAAGCAAAUUGGAUCUCCGUGCUCUUAUUGUCAAGGAAGUGGAUAAUCAUCGCAAGUCGACUCUAACACGGACGAACUCUACGGGAUCUUUUAUUACUGACAGUGGGGAGAAUAAGGAGCGGGAAGUGCAACCCGCAGUCGAGAAACCACGCGCUGUGUUGACUCCGAGUGUGAUUCCUAGCGUUACUUCAUCAACCAGUUCAAGCAGCUCGAGUGCUCGCAUCAGUAAAAUACACGCAACCUUACGCCAAGCACAACAGCAAAGUCAGGGCCAAGAGCUGCAACCCGCGAAUGUUGUCACGUUCGGAUCGAAUCGUCAGCGGAUCCGAACAACCAGUAAACCUCCAGUUCCCAAGCAGCAAGACGUGGAUACCUGCGGGUCAAAUCAACAAGAACACGUGCGUGUUAUCCCAGCUCAAGCCACGUUUCUGUCCGAUACUUGGCAAGCAAAGCAGAGGAGGAACCCCGAGCAUUCCGCCUCUUCCUCGUCUAGUUCUGCGGCCUCCUCUCCACCUCGACACGACAGCUCAGUGUGCACGGCAAUUUCACGUUCGAAUCGACCAGGCUCCGCGUUUCUUACAAAGGUGAUAAAGAAGAAGCCGGAGGGGACUGUGGCUGCUUGUAUUGCGUUAAGAAGACCACGACGAGUGUCCUCGGCUGGCCCUACCCGAUCAAAGCCUCGUGUUCUACCUGGAAAUGGGUCUCGUACGGCCAGGAAUGUAAAUUCAACUAACACUUACGUUGGCUCGAUCAACUCGCUUAUUCGAGCUCAGAGAUCAAACAACGGUCAGUCACUAGCGGAUUCAGCUGACAACAUGCUGGCUAAUAUGACGCCAAGUAAACAGCAGGAGCCUUUUGACUCGAGGGACGAAAACGAGUCAACUGUGUCUGGAACACGUCUGAAAACGCAGCGAUCUACGUCAAAACUCCCUGGUGUGGACUUACUGGAAAAGAAAGGUUCAGCGAGGAAACUUACUGUGCCGAAAAGCCCCAAAUUCUCGGUCAUGUCUUGGCAAAAGAAGGGCGAAGGUAGAACAGGAUAUGCGUCUAGUAUGAUUCGCUAG